AUGAAACCCUCUUUGUUUACUGAAGAGAGUAUUCCAAGUGCUACGUUGCAGUCAAUGGGAUUAUCUGACGAAGGUUGUCCUGUUGGAACAGUUCCUAUUAGAAGAUACACUAAAGAAGAUGUUAUUAGACAAAAGCUUUUGCCACCACCAGAAGACACUGUUCACGUUGUCGAUCCUCCACUUACUAAUAGGGACAACUUCAAUGAUUCCAAAGCUAGAAGGAUUAAACCUUUGAAAGGCUACAAGCUAGCUAUUGUUUCAACAGAUGACAAUCCAAAUAACAAGUUUGGUGGGGCUUCGAUGAUAGCUGCUAUAUAUAAUCCUCGCAGUACAGGUCAACAACAUAGUGCAUGUCGCUUGAAACUUAUUAAAGGAAAAAAUAUUAUACAAACGGGUUGGAGAGAUCAAGAGAAAGGGAAUUGGUGGCUAUUCCUUGACAAUGUAGCAAUUGGUUUUUGGCCAAAAGAAGUGUUUGAUGAUUUUGGUAAUUUUGCAACAAAAGUUGAAUGGGGUGGAGUUGUGUAUAGUCCAGCUGGGGUACUUGAACCACCAAUGGGUUCAGGGCUUUACCCUCUUAUGAGAAGUACAACAGUUAAUGCAUAUUGUAGAGUUAUUACACUCUUAAAUGACAAGGGUCAAAACAUUGAUCUAUUAGGUUCUAAGUUGCCAACAUUUUCAACAACUCCUAUGUUGUAUACUGUAAUUGAUGUUCCUAAUUAUCCAGGUCUUGAUUAUAAUCAUACCAUCCUUUAUGGUGGACCUGGUGAGAUCUAA